AUGGACCGAGACUCCAUGGAUAAGAUACGGGCCGCAGGAGGUUGGAGAGAUGAAGCAGACGUAGCAAACUUUAGUUCUUCUAUUUCACCUCAAGGAGAGCAUAAGGCCACUAUAGUCUGGCUGCAUGAUAAGGAUGAUCAUUUUUCUGACUCAGUUAAGUUUGCGAGAACUUUGGGUCUUAAAAAUGUCAACUGGAAAUGUCCACCGAUCGUUUACAAAAACACAUCGUACGACUUUGGAUCUAAUAUCAAAAAAGACGAUCAAGAGACAUUAGAUAACGCAGCCUUCCUUGUUGCUUCUCUUUUAUCGGGUGAACCACCAAAUGUCAUAAAAGGAGUAGGAGGUUGUGGCAUGGGUGCAGUAGUAGCUCUCCACUUUGCAAAAAAUUGUGCUCUUGGACAAUAUCCUAUAAAUCCCCCCCGAGUUGUUGUUGGAAUCGAUGGGUGGCUUUCUAUUGUGGGGAGCAUAAAAAGCAGUAUAGAAUCUACAGUUGGGGCUUCAGCUCGUGUUGCAUCGCAGUCAAUCUUACUUACGCAUGCACAAGGGCGGACACUUCCUUACACCAGUGAUGAAGAAGUUGUUGUGUCCCUUAAAGAAGCUGGCUUUGGAGAAGUCUUACUCGUACCAUACUCAAGUCGCUCCUACCGUAACGUAACCAAUGAGGUCAAAUUCUGGUUGGAACUGAAGCUAUCGCAAUCAUCAAAACUAUAUAUCUACCAUAAAUAA